UCUGCUCUCUCAAUCUCAAUCUCAAUCUCCGAUCUAUUCAUCCAUAUACAUUACUUCACACCCUUCGUUCCUUUCAUAACUCGUUUCUCUCUCGUACUCAUCGAGUUCUCUCUUUGGGUUUUGGAAAACAUCAACAACAGCAACAGAAGCUUUUUUAUUAUUUUAUUUUAAAGUUCCUUUUUCUUUAUUCCGCCUUCAGAGAUUUAGGGUUUUUCGCACACUCAUCCUUUUCCUGGAUCUGACACCAGGGCUAGGAUAAGCACUGCAUGUUUGUUCUAGUCCAUCACUGAACUCCACCAACACUAUAAUAAUAAUAAAAAAAAAUGGCGUCUUCGUAUCAACGUUCUGUUAGUGCUGCUCAGGUGGGUUCCUACUUCGUGGAACAGUAUUAUCAAGUUCUUCGCCAACAACCCGAUCUUGUUCAUCAGUUCUACUCUGAUUCCAGCAGCAUGAUUCGCGUUGAUGGAGAUUCCACUGAAACCGCACCCGAUGUGUUGCAAAUUCAUUCAAUUCUCACGUCACUGAAUUUUAGUACAAUUGAGAUCAAGACGAUUAAUUCUCUUGACUCUUGGGAUGGAGGUGUACUUGUAAUGGUCUCAGGUUUUGUUAAGAUGAAGGAUAUCAAUAGGAGGCGGAAGUUUGUUCAAACCUUCUUUCUUGCUCCUCAGGAGAAGGGUUUUUUUGUACUGAAUGAUAUAUUUCAUUUCAUUGAUGAUGGAGUAACAUACCCAAAUCUGGUUUCAGUGGCGUCUGAAAGGAUUGAUGCACAACCACAUGUAUCUGCUUCUCUUGCUGAGUCACCGGAAGCUUUGGACUAUGGUUUGGAGGAAGAAGCUAGGGAAUAUGUCAACUCAGUUCAUAUAGAUGAUCCAGUGGACAAGUAUAGUCUUCCUGAGCAGCAGCAGCAGCUACAAGAAGAUUUUGAAACUGAAUUUGUGGUGGAAGAAACUCCUGCAGAGGAGGCUUGUCCACCAAUUCAAAGUGUUGCACAUACCAUCCAUGAAACGCCUGUUGUUCCUGUUGAAGAUUCUUUCGAGGAGCCUCCUAAGAAAACUUAUGCAUCUAUUUUACGAGUCUCCAAAGGGCAAUCAGUGUUGUCAGCUGCUCCACAACAUGCUCCACAACAUUCUUUUAAAAGCAUCCCUCCUCCUUCAGAGUUGAAUCAUGUAUCACAGCCUGUGGUUCAGCAGACAAGCUCUGCAUCUAUAUAUGUUUCUGAGUCUGGGGCUGAGGCAGCUGAGGAAGGCUAUGGACUAGAAGAAGAAGGUGAAGUAACAUCUGUCUAUGUGAGAAACUUGCCUGCUAAUGUAACUGAAGCUGAGAUUGACCAGGAAUUUAAGAAUUUUGGCAGAAUUAAGCCUGAUGGAAUAUUCAUUAGGGUCCGAAAGGAAAUUGGAGUUUGCUAUGCAUUUGUGGAAUUUGAAGACAUUGUGGGUGUUCAAAAUGCGCUUCAGGCUUCUCCCAUACAAUUGGCUGGAAGACAAGUAUACAUAGAGGAGCGGAGACCAAACAGUGGCAUUGCAGCUCGGGGAGGAAGAAGGGGAAGAGGCAGAGGCAGUUAUCAAACAGAUGCUCCAAGGGGACGUUUUGGUGCUAGGAGCUUGGGCAGGGGAAAUAAUCAGGAUACUUCAGAUUAUACCAGACUAAGAGGCGAUGGUUAUCCUCAGCGCGGUUCUCGAUAGAAAGAUAUCUUAAAAGCAUGCACGCAGAUGCUAUUCAAGCGCUUAUAAAUUAGUGAGAUUUGAGCUUGAUGUGGGUAUUUAAAGCAGAGCAUUUUCUUUCCGUGGUUUCAUAAAAAGGUGUCUUGCGUUAUCGGUGUGUCUUUUUUUAAGUUAAAGCCAUAGACUUCAGUAACUUUUUCUGCAAGUAUAGAUCAGACAGUUCCCUUUGAAUGUUUUUUAUUAUGCCAUUCAGGUGGGAAAUUUUGGUUAUUUGUGGUUGCCCCAUAUCAGGAUUGUGGGGCUUUUUAAUGAGAGAAAGGGUAUUGAAAGGAAAAAAUGGUUUAGACUACAGUAGAGGUUGUGCUAAAUUAUCCAGAUGUUACGGUGCAUUCUUGUGUUUUUUUUUUUUGGUUCUUUGCCUUUGUUAAAACUUGUUUCAAUAGUAUAAUUUAAUGUUUUCUUCUGA